AUGUUGGGGAGCUUGAAAGUAGAAGCUGCGGAAGCGACUUUGUUGCUGACUACCACGGCGGCAGCAGCCGAAGAAGAUGAGCUAGUCGUGCUGACGCUGGUCUUUGUGCUUAAAGUUGUGGCAGUAGCCGAAGAGCUCGCCUUCGGUCUACUAGAGACACUGCUUGAAGCUGAAGAAGCAGCGCUGCUUGCUUUUUGGCUCAAACUUGAGGCAACAUUCGAGGCGGAGCUGGCUCGGGAGGCUGCAGCGCUUGCGCUGGCCUUAGUGCUUGAAGUAGGGGUAACACUUGAGGCUGAGCUGGUCUUAGGUGUGCCCGAGACGCUGCGAGAGGCCGAGGCAGCGCUGCUCGAGCUGGCCUUGGUGGCUGAAUUCUGGGCAGCAGUUGACGAGGAGCUUGCUUUAGCAGCGCUGGAGAUCGCGGAAGAGGCAACACUUGAUACUGCUGAGGAUGCAACAAUAGGUGUUGAGGCAGCACUGGUUGUGUUGGAUCCAACGGCGAAUUUGUUGUUGACUAAGACAUUUGCGGCACUAGUUGAAGACGAGGUGGCCUUGGCUGCGCUGCUGGAUACGGCUGGGGAGACAACACCAGGAGUUGAGGCGGUAGCACUUGAGGAGCUGGCCUUAGCUGUGCUGCCGGCCGCCACUGAUGAGACAAUUUUUGAUGUUGGGGCAGUGUUUGAGCUGCCCUUAGCUGUGCUGCUGAGGACGACCGAGGAUGAAGAGCUAGCUUUGGCCGUGCUGGAUGCCGCUGAGGAGACUAAUUUUGAGGAACUGGCCUUGGCUGUGUUGGACACUACCGAAGAGGCGAGACUUGGGACAACAGUUGAGGAGCUGGCCUUAGCUGUGCUGGACACUACCGAAGAGGCAAGACUUGGGACAACAUUUGAGGAACUGGCCUUAGCUGUGCUGGACUCUGCCAAGGAGGCAACACUUGGGCUUGAGGGCGCAACACUUGGAGAUGAGGCGGCCUUAGCUGUGCUGGACACUGCCGAGGAGGCAACACUUGGGCUUGAGGGCGCAACACUUGGAGAUGAGGCGGCCUUGGAUGUACUGGAGACUGCUGCAGAGCCAACGCUAAAGCUGGAGAAGCUGGAGGGAACAGUACUUGAAGAUGAAGCGGCCUUGGAUAUACUGGAGACUACUGUAGAGCCAACGCUUGGGCUUGAAGGCGUAACACUUAUAGAUGAGGCGGCCUUAGAUGUACUGGAGACUGCUGUAGAGCCAACGCUGAAGCUGGAGAAGCUGGAGGGAGCAGCACUUGAAGAUGAGCCGGCUUUAAUUGAACUGGAGGCUGCUGAGGAGGCAACGAUGGAGCUCGAUGAUGGGAUGACGACAGAAGAUGUACCGGACUGA